GGAGGGGGGAUUGGUAUUUGGGGAUGACCCUUACACCUUUUUCCUCUGUCCCAUAUCAGCAUCCUGGGGGCAGUGAGGACAUGGAGCCAUAUGGGGAUCCUGCUACUCAGGGGGAACCUAGGUCAAAGUGUGUGCUUCUCCAGCCACAUCCAAGAUCCCGUAGUCAGAUGCUGGUCCUGCCUCUUUCUUUUCAGCAAGAUCAUUGAACUUGGAGACACGGCCUUCAUCAUCCUGCGUAAGCGGCCACUCAGCUUUGUGCACUGGUACCACCACAGCACAGUGCUGCUGUACACGAGCUAUGGAUACAAGGACAAAGUGUCUUCAGGCGCCUGGUUCAUGACCAUGAACUACGGUGUGCACGCCAUCAUGUACACCUACUACACUCUGAAGGCUGCCAAAGUAACAGCUCCCAGGUGGUUUCCCAUGCUCAUCACCAGCCUGCAGAUCCUGCAGAUGUUUAUGGGAGCCUUUGUUAGCAUCCUGAAUCACAUCUGGAGACAGGAUCCGGGAUGCCACAGCACAUCGGAACAGCUCUUCUGGUCCUGCGUCUUGUAUAUAACCUAUUUCAUCCUCUUUGCCCGCUUCUUCCAUCAAACCUACCUAAUGCCCAAGGUCAAAGCCAAGACCAAGAGCCAAUGAAGGGUUGGAUAAAAAGAAGGAUCCCCAGGCUCUCUCUUCCCCAGGGCACUGAGGGGCUCAGCUUAGGUUUGGGAGAAUGGUUAGGACGCCUUCCCUGCAUGGUUUCCCCAUGGGAUGUGUGCCCCACGGUGGUAGGAAGUUAUGACAGACAAGAAGCAUCGCCCCUGGGAUGAGGGUGUGAUCUAGUACUUUGAUAUUUCUGUGUCUAAUGUGAAGGCCAAGCAGGCCCUAGGAUGGGAAUGAGACUGAGGAAGAUCCCCAGAGCUGAGUUAUUUAUAUUUCUAUCCAUAAAUCUUUCUUCCUCUUGCCCUAUUUUUUUAAUUAAACAUUUCAACGAGG